CCAAAUCAGUUUGUUUUGCUGGAGUGUUUUGAUCGUGUUUGCAAGAGUUUUUCGAAGUGCAGUGACUCAUCCCGGAGAAAUUGAGAUUUUUGCAUCGAAUUAUCCUGAAAAAACUUUUAAAAACAAUCAAAAAGUCGUUAUAAUGUUUUCCAGUGGUCCUAACUAUACAAAGCUGAAGACCAAUCUUCGCUUGGCCGUCAAUCGCCUCAAACUUCUGGAAAAGAAAAAGACGGAACUUGCCCAGAAGGCCCGGAAGGAAAUCGCAGACUAUCUGGUCGCGGGGAAACCGGAGCGGGCAAAAAUCCGCGUCGAGCACAUCAUCCGAGAGGAUUUCCUGGUCGAAGCAAUGGAGAUCGUUGAAAUGUACUGUGAUUUGGUGCUGGCACGAUUUGGGUUGGUGACUCAGAUGAAGGAACUGGACGAGGGAAUCGAAGAGGCUGUGAGCAGCAUAGUUUGGGUCGCACCAAGGCUGCAGGCCGAUGUUCAGGAACUAAAGCUGUGUGCCGAUAUUUUCACGAUCAAGUAUGGUAAACAGUUUGCUGAAUCGGCCCGGGCAGCGAUUCCUCCGCAUAAGGUAUCGGAUAAGCUAAUGCAUAAAUUGGCUAUCCAAGCACCACCAAAGCUGCUGGUCGAGAAGUAUCUUAUUGAGAUAGCAAAAAUUUUCAACGUAGACUACGAACCGGAUCCGCUGGUGAUGAAGGACGAUAAAUCCCAUCCGGAGAACAGUAUUCUGAUCGAUUUGUCCGAUAGGAAUAACUUGGAUGGAGGAAAUUCCGGUGGCGGUUCAUCUUCCGGUGGAGGAGGUGGCGGGGCUCCAGCUCCGAUGGGUUUCAUCGGGUAUCCUCAGCCGCCGCCACUACCACAGCUGCCAACGGUCCCACCUGUAGUUCCUUUCCACUAUCCGGGUCCGAUGGGUCAACCGUUUGGUACCGCCUCGGCCCCACCAUUCAACUACAACAUCCCACCGAACCCUCCCGGUCCGGUGACUGACGAGGAAAAGGAUUUGAACAUCAACGCCAACUUCCUCCACCAGGAAAAGAACCUAAUGGGCGGUGUAUCCGGCCCGCCGCCUUCGUACGCAUCGCUGAGUCCGGAUGAUAACAUGCAGAACUCUUCGAAACCCAAACCACAGCCACGAUCGAAGAUUUCACCGGAAAUGAACUUCCCCGUGUUGCCGAAUGUGCCGGCUGAUCUACCAGACGUUCCCAACGACAACAGCCCUGCCGGUGGUGGCGCUGCUGGUGGUCAACAGGAAGACAACGACGAAAUUGACUUUGACGAGCUAUCCAGACGAUUUGAGGAGCUGAAGAAAAGGAAGUAAUCCUUUCAUGGUAGUAGCGUAAAUGGGCCGUUGAGGUGAGAUUCGUAAAUAUUUAAUUUAACUUUAUUUUAUCGGAAACCCCUUAUACAUUUUAUAUUCUUUAUAUCACGUCUUGAUCAUAAGUCAUGCUGCUUUCGUUAAAUAGCUAAGCAGGAAAUUGGUUAUACAUAUUUACAGCUGAAUAUAUACAGUAACCCUACUGAAAAUGAAGAAGAAAAAAACUUU